AUGCCGGCCAACCCCCGCCAGGCGCCACCGCAGACGCCUGCGUCCCCCAACACUAAGGCCACGGCAAGAUAUACCAACAAAGAUGGCUCAAAGAUCAUCACCGUACCCAAGGGCCCCCCCUCCACCGAGCCCUCGUUGCCCUCCACCCCGACUUCGUCAGCGAAAGCACCCAGCGUGCAAACGACCGGCACGAACGGCGGCGACGCCCUCGCACCCACGGUGAAUCGCAAAAAGCAGAAGCGUCGAGCAAAGGCCGCUGCGAAAGCUGCCGCUGAGCAGGCUGCCGUUCAAUCACCGAAUGGACGCCUAAGUCCCGCACCCGGCUCCCCGGCGCCCAAACCUCAAGCUGCCCAAGAUGACGCGGACCAGGAUUUCAGUGACGAUGAUGAAGCCGACGACCAGCCUUCUCCAGACGACCACCUCAAUUCUAACGGCGUUGGGUCUCACAAGUCGAAAAAGUCAAAGAAGAAGAAGAAGAAGAACGCAAAGAACCCUCAGUUGGCCAACGCUCAGUACGACAACGUGCCGCACCCUCACUCGCCAUUGACCCCCCGUGGACCUGGAAUAUCCAAGGAUAAGAUUUGGAACACCAGCUCACAGGAGGAACGGGAACGCAUCAAGGAGUUUUGGUUGGGGCUCGGCGAGGACGAACGCAAGUCACUAGUUAAAGUCGAGAAGGACGCAGUUCUUAAGAAGAUGAAGGAGCAGCAGAAGCACACCUGCAGCUGCACCGUCUGCGGCCGGAAGCGUACAGCCAUUGAAGAGGAGCUGGAGGGGCUCUACGACGCCUAUUACGAGGAGCUCGAGUCCUUCGCCCACCAAGGGGAAGGCCCCGCGAUGCUUGGCCCCCCUCGCGCCGACUUUCCUCUGCGCCCGGCACGGCUACCGUCAGGCUAUUCAGGCCAACCGCCAUCACGCGGUCGCAUAGUCGAACAUGUCGGUGAUGAUGAUGACGAAGAAGAGCCCGAAGAAGAUUAUAGUGACGACGAAGAGGACCUUGAUGAUGACGAGGAGUACAGCGAAGAGGAACCCCCGGAAGACGCUCACCCUCACGAUCGAGACGUGGCGGAUUUCUUGACGUUUGGGAACAGCCUGCAAGUCAAGGGUAUGAAGCUUCUGGACUCUCUACUCUGCAGAUAUGGUAACAUGGACUUAGGCGGCAUACUCACCGUUGCGGAUGAUCUGCUCAAGAACGACGGCAAGCGCUUUAUCGAAAUGAUGGAGCAGCUCGCUGAGCGUCGCAUGGCCCGAGAAGAAGACGCCAAAGAGCACUUUUCUCGCGGCUACGGUCAUCCCACCAACGGCUCAUACUCGAAUCAUAACCAUCCUCCUCCAGAAGACGACUAUGACGAUGAAGACGAGGAGGAGGAUGAGGAUUAUGAUGACAGUCAAGAAGAGGAAUACGAGGAUGAAGAAGUGAGCUCCUCUCAAUACAAUUAUGACCAUAAACACUCGAGUACUGAGCAUUACUGUUGUCAUCAUCAGGACACGAUGACCGAGGAGCAGCGUAUGGAAGAGGGUCGUCGUAUGUUCCAGAUAUUCGCCGCUCGCAUGUUCGAGCAAAGGGUCUUGACGGCCUAUCGAGACAUGGUCGCCAAACAACGCCAACAACAGCUCAUCGAGGAACUCGAGGAGGAAAACCGCCAAGACGCUCAACGAAAAGCGAAGAAGGCCAAAGAGAAUCAGAAGCGCAAGGACAAGGCCGCACUGAAGAAGCAGAUGCAAGCCGAGGAGAAGGCGCGGAAGGAAGCUGAGAAGGCCGCAGAAGAAGCUGCUCGACUCGAGGAACAGAAGCGAAAGGCGGAAGAGCAACGGCUCAAGGCUGAGGAGAAGCGUCGGAAAAAGGAGGAGCAAAAGCGCCUCGAGGAGGAGGAACGCUUACGGAAAGAAGCUGAGCGGCAACGGCGCCUUCAAGAACAGCAAGAGAAGCGCGCCGACCAAGAACGCAAGGCGCGUGAGCAGAAAGAGAAAGCGCAGAAAGCCAAGGAGGAGGCCCGGUUAUCGCGAGAACAAAAGGAGAGGGAAGCCCGCGAACGCAAGGAGAAGCAGGAACAGGCCAAGCGCGACAAGGAUCAAAAGGCCAAGGCGGAACGGGAAGCCAAGGCCGACAAGGAGAGCAAGGACCGGAUCAAGCAAGAGGAGAAGGCGGCUCAGAAAGCUGCAACUAUUGCCGCUGUCCCCAUUCCUAUCCCGACCCAGGGCCGAAGGCCCUCGCAACACCCCGUAUCGAUUCCGACUCACCCGUCAAACCCAGCAUCCUACGCAUCUCCAAAGAUACCCGUCGCAACGCCCGCUAUUCCAAAGGCUCCGACACCCAUUCGUCCUAAGAAUGCAAUCCAACCACACGAUGUGAGCGUGCCCGGAUCGCAUGCCUCACAGUCCGGUUCUACCAGCCAAAACCCAUCACCACACCCGGCGACGCCGGGUCAUACGAGUCCAGCGCCGAUCGGAUCGAGGAAGGGAAGUGUGGCAACUACGAGCUCACUGCCGCACCCUCAUUCUCUAUCGCCGACCAACAUCAAGGGGCAUUUAGGUUCGCAGCCCGGCCCCUUCGGCAUGCCGAUGAGCUUGCCGCCACCCGGCUUUGCAGUACCACCUCCAGGCCUUGGAAACCGCAUGCACGACCCCAUCUUUGGUCCGCCUGGUAUUCCUGGCUUUGGAAGACCCCCGCCGGGCAUGAUGCCCGGGCCUCCUGGUCUCAAUGGACCGGCUGGUCGUGGCUUCAUGCCGCCUCCACCUCCCGGCUUCGGACAGCCCAUGGGCGAUGCUCUGCACGGUAUGGGACCCGGCCCGGUGUCACACUCCCGACAGCCUUCCGGUAGCUUUGACUCGGCUUCGCCGCCUGCCCCGUCGCAGCCGAUUGGAAGACCGGCGCCCAUCGGGCGGCCAGGGAGCGUGGUGCAUGGACAGCGGAAUGACCACACGGACGAGUUCGCCAACCAACACCUUGGUAGCAGCGCGCUGCUUGACGACUCGGAAGACCCGAAUCCCAUUUCGGCGGCUAUCAACGCAGCCAGGCAACGCAACCAGGCCCCUCGACCAGCAUUUCCCAACAUUCCGUUUGGCAUGGACAAUGGAUUCCAUAGCAUAAACAACGUCUGGGGCCCGUCACCAAUGCCCUUUGCUCCACCACCAGGACUCGGAAACCCUACUUGGGGUAGCCCAAUGAUGCCUCCAAUGCCAUCACUAGGCCAGAUCCGCACCGCCGGCAACCCAAGAUCGGUUACGGUUCGCCUCAUGCUGUGCCGUGCGUGCAAAGAACUGCAGGCACGAAACGCUGAGGCGCCCGACGCCUUUAUCGACUUGUCAGCAGUCAAGUCGGAGGUGGACCAUCUUAGUCGCAUGGAAGUAGUCUCAGAAGAAGACCUUAUGGACCUCGCCGAAACGGAAGGCAACAUCCACAACGGCGGUGGCACAUUUGAGAUCCGAAGGGACGCAAACGGCCCCGGCAAGCACACAGUCCGCUGGGUACCCGAGUUCAGCGACUUGUCACAGCCACACCAUAGGGCGGUAGGUGCGCCAGGCGAGAUCGGAAGCCCCAUCAUCGGCAGCGGGUCAUUGGCGUUUCCGUCUAGGGGGCAGUAG